GAUGUUUAUUUAAAAUUUAGGCUGCUAGUGAACUGUAGAAACGGUCCAGAUAUUCGAACUAACAUUAUGAAUGAUAACAUAUUUUAUGAUGAGAAUCAUAACCCGGUUGAUUACGACGUCAGCUCUGUGAAUAACUCCGAUCAGUAUUUCAUCGAAGCUCUCAGUGAUGCCGAUGACCCUUUGAUAUGUCCUCCAAUUCCACCUUUGGAUCGUGAUGACGGAGCAGGAAACUCGAUUUUCAACAUAGAAAAACGGAAUUGUUAUGCGAAAAACAUAAGUGAAUGUGAUCGGAAAACCAAUUUAUCGAUGUCUGCCUCAUUUUAUAAGCGAAGAUUUGUAGGAGAGACUUCCGGCAGCCUUAUUGCUUCCCAAACGCUGAUUGGAGAUACAGUGGAAGAAAUACUGCAACAUAUGUGGACGAUUGUGCAACCUGUUAUUUAUCGUGAAGUAGUUUUCAUUGAGGACAAUGGAAAUCAGGCUCCUAUUUGGGCUGAUAAUGAGCCAUCGUAUGAAGAUAUGCAGAAGUUCGUAUAUCUGCAAAAUAAUAGACGCAGACGUAUAAACAUCGAGCAAAUUGAUAGUAAACUUCUGAUUAGUUUGAGCGCGACUGAUGUACGAGUGCAUGUUCACGUAUAUUCUACAGCUGUUUCGUGUAAGCAGUUAUGGGAUUUGGUCGACAAGCAAUUGGUGCGGUUUCAGGAUACUGAUCGAGCGGGUGCUCCCAAUAACCAAUCACUGUCUGCCUUGGCCAACGAGCUUCGAAAACUGCACGGACAUCAUUUCACUGGCCACGCAAGCUUGUGGAAAUUGUGGGCAAAUAACAUUCACACGGUUCCAGCACACGCACGAGAGCAAAAAAUGUCGGAAUUGCCCCCUUAUUUCAUUAUCAAAUUUUUCAGAUCUGUUCCAAUUUCGGAGGCAGUGCAACUUGAAAGCUCUCGAAAUGGGUUAUCCGUUGCUAACACAAUCAAUACUGCAUUUUCUACAGAGCUGGCAGUAUUAGAAAAAGAGGCCGACCAGUUAAUUUCCCUGGGACAGAGGGUAAAACAUCGCAUAAGUGCACUGCGAGCACGAACAUCGAUCAAUUUGAGUUUGCUAUCAGCCAUGCAGGAAUCCAUGGGACCACAGGAGAAUGAAGUGAGCCGUUCACUUGCAGAUAACGUAUUGGAUUUAGAAGAUAUUGAUCAUGCUUGA